CGUCUCCAACUUAAAGAUCAAAACGCCAAAACUUCAAGAUGGCGAUAUGGUCAACUGCCUUGAUUUCGAUAUUAUUUGCUGCCAUCCAUUUCGCAGGAGUAACUUGGGCGGCUAAUGCAGCUCGUAACAGACAUAUCACUGCAAACUCAACUUGUGGUACGCCGCCAGAAACGUUUUACAGUGUUGUGGAAAGACAAAAAUCACCCAGAAAUAGGAUAAAGUCUAAUUGCGAUGCAAGCGAUCCGAUCCAAUCGCACAAUGCCUCGAACAUGGUAGAUGGAAAAUAUGAAACGUGGUGGCAAUCAUCGGCCUCUAUUGAUAAAGUGUCCAUCACAAUUGAUUUGCGGGGAGAAUAUCAGAAGUUUUACUAUGCCAACAAGUUGGUGAUAAAAUUUGGGGAAUAUUACCGACCAGGUCAACUUGUCUUCUACAAGUCCAGUGAUAAUGGUCAGAGUUAUCAACCAUGGCAUUAUUUUGUUUCAAAUGCUGAUGAAUGUCAAGAAAAGUUUAACAGACCACUUCAAUCUAAUCCUGUCAGAGUAGACCAAGUCCUUUGCACUGUUUAUCCAACUGAAUCUGUGGAUCGAAAUGUUGUUGUGUCUUUGUUUGUGGUUGGACCAAGAGGAGAUGUCAACAAUCCCUCUGAUAAACUGCUGGAAUGGAUGAAUGUCACCAAUGUACGUUUGCAGUUCAUGUCACUCUUUCGCAUUUUUGAUCCAUUGGCUGUUAGAUGGCAUCACUAUGCUGUGAGAGAAGUAGAGGUAGAAGCCUACUGUGUAUGCAAUGGACAAGGAGAUGGAUUGAAGUGUAAAUUCAAUGAUACACUUUGAGAAAAUGAGUGUGUUUGCCAAGAGGGAGCAUGUGGUAUUGAUUGUGGCAGGUGCUGUCCUGCUUAUAAUCAGUAUCCAUGGAAACCAGGAAGCAAGGGCCCUCUUGUGGCUGAUGAGAAUGCUGCAUGCCAACUUUGUAACUGUCAUAGCCACAGUGCAGUGUGUGUUUACAACGAGACAGUAGCUCAGAUGAAUAGGAGUUUAGACAUCCAUGGAAACUAUUCUGGUGGAGGUGUCUGUCAAAAUUGUCAGGACAACACUGAAGGAAUUAACUGUGAAGUGUGUAAGCCAUUUUUCUUUAGACCAAGAAAUGUAUCACAAUGGGAUAAAGAUGCUUGUCGAGAAUGUAAUUGUAGUGUAGCAGGAACAAAAAAUGCAACCAUGCCUGGAGUGCUGUAUCUUGAUUGUUUGAGAGAUGAGAAUACUGUUCCUCCUCGCCCAGGAAUGGAUCCAGGUAGCUGUGUCUGCAAAAAUAACACUUUUGGAAGGCAGUGUGACCAAUGCAAACCUGGAUUUUUUAAUUUAUCAUCAGAAAAUCCUUCUGGUUGCCAAGAAUGUACGUGUCACACCCCUGGUACAAUAAAUGGUUCUAAUGUAUGUGAGCCAGGUCCAAGUGGCCAUUGCACUUGUAAGAAAAACGUGGAAGGAAAGCAUUGUAUGCAUUGCAAAGAUACAUACUAUGACCUACACAAGGAUAAUGCUAAUGGAUGUACAGAAUGUGAUUGUGAUAUUGGUGGAGCUUAUGGAUCUGUGUGUAACAAGGCAUCUGGCCAGUGUAAAUGCAAAGCCAAUGUUACUCAGCGGAAAUGUGACAGUCCUGAAGAUGGAUUUUACUUUCCAACUCUGCACUUCAUCCGAAGUCAUGGAUAUCAUAUUUCUGCCUCUCAACAGGGCAACAAGACCUGGUCAGCAUCAAUGAAUAUCAUUCAUGGAGUAAACUCCACUGGUUUAUUUACCCUCGUCCUUUCUUAUACCAGCAGAGUAAGAGUUACUGUUGUGAUAAGUUUGGAAUCUAGCUCAGUAGCUAUCUCUCUGGACAGCUGUGCACAGCAAUGUUACCAAAAUCUCUCUGAAGUACUUGGAGAAAGGUCUCUGGCUGGGUCUCUGUUGGUCAACAUCACUUAUCCUACAUCAGUGGUUGAUUUUACACCUGUUGAAGUUGUGGCCAUACCUCAAGAAUUCUAUCAAGCAACAUUAUUAAGAAAUUCAACAAGACCAGGUUUCUUGGCAAAUUGCUCUGUGUUAGACAACAACAUGGGAGAUGGAGCUGUGAAGGAGUACUGCCUUGCACAAGUUUUCUCUCUUACAGUAGACUACAUUGGAGGAGCUUUGUCCUGCAAUUGCAGUGCGACGGGCUCAGUAAAUAACACAUGUCAAAAGUAUGGUGGUCAGUGUCACUGUAAACCAGGUGUAACUGGGAGGACCUGUGAUCAGUGUAUAGCAGGAUUUUACAAUUUCACCUCCAAGGGAUGUUUAGCAUGUGGUUGUGUUGGUGAGAAUAAAAUUUGUAAUGCUGAGUCUGGCCAGUGCACCUGUCCUCCAAACACUGUAGGUCGCACAUGCAAUCAGUGUGAUCAUUCAUUUUGGGGAUGGAAUGAAACAGUUGGUUGCCAGGCUUGUAACUGCAGCUCAGUUGGAUCUAUGAAUUUGCAGUGUAACCUUACUACAGGGAUUUGCAGCUGUAAGCCCGGUGUACAGGGUGAGAAGUGUACUGAGUGCAUGGAUGGCUACAAAAAUUUCUCCACUUCUGGUUGUUCUCCGUGUAACUGUGAUGGAAAUGGAAGUUUGAGUGAAGUGUGUAAUGAAGUCUCCCAACAGUGUCCUUGCAAGAACAACUCAGCUGGUUUGCUCUGUGACAAAUGUAAGAAUGGGUAUUUCUACUUGACAAACAGUAACCCUGAAGGAUGUACAAAUUGUGUGUGUUUGGGAAUCAGUACCAACUGCAGCAGUACAAGAUAUUACAGAAAACAGAAUCAAGUUGACCUGGACGUUUGGAAAUUAGUAUCACAUGAUGAUAAUCAGAACUACAAAGACGUCUCUCAGAUCUAUGUUAUGGAUGAGAGUGUCCGAGUAACCAUGAUUGCAGCAAAUGUAUCAACCAAUGAAACACUCUAUUGGAAAGCAAGUGCUAACUUCACUGAUCACAGUCUGGUUGGUGCUUAUGGAGGAAAUAUGAGUUUUAAACUUUUCUUCAAGCCACUGGAAAAUGGAACACUGGCAGAAUUGCAGCCAAAAGUUAUCAUAAAGGGUGUCAGAAACAUAUCCAUUGAGCAUCCUUUACCAGUUGUAUCUGCUGACCAGCUAACUACAAGAACUGUGAUGAUGAGAGAAAAUGCCUGGGUUUACAGUGAAAGCUUAUCAGUAGUAUCUAGGGAAGAUUUCCUGCUAGUAUUAGCCAGGGUUCAAGCUCUAUUUAUCACUGCAUCAUUUUAUUCUGCUGGCCAAGGUUUAUACCUCACAAGCCUGGGUAAUGUUCAAAUUGCUGAUGUCAGUGAAAUGAUGUCAGAUGCAGGAAGAGUUUAUGAAGUAGAGCAGUGUAGCUGCGGAGAGGGUUAUACUGGUUUGUCGUGUGAGCGAUGUGCCAGAGGGUAUCACAGAGUGAAUGUGUCAGAUGACAUGUUUCUCGGGAAAUGUGAGCUUUGUAACUGCAAUGGACACACAGAAGACUGCGACCCAACUACAGGACAGUGCUUGAACUGCGCCCAUAACACCACUGGUUCUCACUGCGAGAUCUGCCUGGAUGGUUUCUAUGGUAAUGCUACUGAUGGAACUCCUGGUGAUUGCAAAAAAUGUCCCUGUGAGGAACCACGGACAACCACUGCUCUUUGCGAAGCUCGAGCUGACGGUCAACCGAAGUGUCUCAACUGUUCUGAGGGAUACGAGGGUGACAUAUGUGGAAGUUGUACGCGAGGGUUCUUUGGCGAACCUCUCUUGCCGGGAGGAAGCUGUUCAAGAUGUCAGUGUAACAAUAAUUCAGAUGUGUGCAACAGAACAACGGGAGAGUGUUUGAACUGUCAGUAUAACACCACUGGAUUUCACUGUGAACGCUGUGAGAAUGGAACAUGGGGUAAUGCUUCCGCACAGCAGUGUCAAGCUUGUGUCUGUGAUGGUGUUGGAGCUUAUCAUAACGUUUGUAAUCACGUGACUGGGCAAUGUGAAUGUAAACCUCGUGUAACAGGACUAAACUGCUCCAGAUGCGAGCCCUACAGUUAUAACUUUACUUCCGGCGGAUGUACACCCUGUGAAUGUAACAAAUUUGGAUCCAGCUCUCUUCAGUGUAAUGAAUCAGGAAUCUGUGAGUGUAAGAACCACACCCUUGGUGACAAGUGUGACCUGUGUGAGUGGGGGCACUUUGGACUUCCUAACGCUACCUGUCAAGCUUGCAACUGCAAUGCCACUGGCUCGCACAAUUCCUCGCAAUGUGAACGCACUACAGGCCAGUGUCAAUGUAAGCCCGGCGUGACAAGUAGAGUGUGUGACCAAUGUAUGGUGCAACAUACGAACUUCUCAGGAAAUGGCUGUGACCCAUGUCCACUCUGCACCAGACUCGGUUUACAAGGGGAUCUUAACAUAACUCUAACAGUCAUGAAAGAAGCUCAACAGAAAGCUGAGAAGAUUUCUAACUUGAAGAAGUUGUGGCCAGAGCUGGAGGAAGUGGAAGGUCUUAUUACUGAAGCACAGAAAUCCUCAGCUGAAUUUGACACAUUGGUGAAGGGUCUUCUUCAAAACAUAACUGAACUUGAGAAGAGCACUCCAAACAGAACAGUCAGUGAACUACAAGACAUGUUGACAAGGACAUUGCUAGAGAGCGAAAAUUUGACAGCUAUCGUCUCUCGCGAGUUACACCGGAUUGAAGAAUUAAACGCCAACACCCAGUCUUCGAUGGACAAUGUAACAGCAUUGAACGGAACAGUUGCUGAAAUAGUGGAUCAACUCACUAAGCGGAAAGACCAUGCAGACAGUGUAUUGGCAAGUAUAACUAGUAUUAUAAACAAAACGUACGAGAUUGAAAUGCAGCGAGUUGAUGAGGAGGUUCAGUCUGUGGAAUCCGCUUACACCCUGGCUACAUCAGCACAAUACAAUGUGACAUCUCACAAGAACAUGUCAGAAAACCUCAACAAGACCAUGCUGGAGGCUCAAGGAAACCUUUUGGUCUCAAAUGGAAUGUUUGAUAUGAUGAAACCGCAAAUUGUUACAAUCUCAUAUAGAACCAACGAAGCUGUUGUUCUAAUGAACCAAACCAAGAACUUACUAUAUAAAGCGAGAAAUACAACGGAUCAAGCUCUUGAGUUGCUUCAGAUAGUCACUGACAUUUUAAACAGCAGUAGCCAGCGCGUUUCAACCGGCCAUAACUACUACAAGAAUACAAGUGAUCUUGUCGGUGGUUUACAAGCAAACAUGAACACAUUGGAGAAUUCUCUAACAGCUGUGGCUCCAGAGGUAUCUGCUGCAAACCAAAGUGUAAUGGAAAAUGCUACUAAACAUGCAGCUAAUUUGACAGCCUUAGCCAGGGAAAGGCAAAGCGCGUUUAACAACACUCUUUCACACGGAGCACGUGCAGUGGAUGCUAUUAAAACAUUUGAAGAAGUAGUUGUGCUUGGAAAUCAGUCAUUAGAAACCUCACAGCAAGUGAACAGUUCACUCCAGGAAAUCAUGAACCGACUCGAAAACCUCACCCUAGUAAGCUCUGACCUUCAAACAAGAGUUGCUUCCUCUCAAGAUAAGAGUGAAACUCUCCUAAACGAAACAUUAGACAGAGAUUUGAACUUACCAGGACUACGAGCGAAUGUGACAUCAUCAAACCAGACAUACACGAAGGCUGUAAUGACUGGAGAGUCAGUUGAUGGUGAGUACAGCUCGCUGCUAUCCAGCCGAGACUCACUGAUGCAAGCUGCUGAAGUAGGAAAUAGCCCUCACUCUAUCGUUUCUGACUCUAAAAGUGCCACUGACAAUUUCGAAGAGGCGAUGUAUCGCUCUAAUCCGGUUAAUGAUGGUGUCCCAGCCCUAUUGAAUCAAGUGGAGAGACUCGAGGAGAGAAUGCAGUCUAUUACUCAGUCAGCGGAAAGAGCUGCAGUGCUGUUGAACCAGGCAUUUGAUAAUGUAAGAAAUGCAAGUAAAUCACUGGGCAGUGUGGAUAACACGGUACAGGAAUCCGAUCGUCUCAGGAAUAUAACAGUUUCCUUACAAGCUCAGCUGAGACAAAACAUGACUGCAUUGGAUGAAAAGCUCAGGAAGGCGAGAGAAUAUGUCGCCAAGAUUCGUCUCGCUCUCAAUGUGCAAGGAAGUACGGCUGUGCGGUAUAAUCCAACAUCUCGUUUGAUAAACAAGACCAUAUACUCUGAGAUAAGAAUGGACUUCCGAGCGACACGAGUUCAGGGUGCGCUGUUUUACUUGUCGGAUGAGUCCAAUAGCGCGCUGGCAGUGACUCUAGAGGCCGGAUCCUAUGUGAGGUUCCAGUACACCCUCGGCACAGGACCAAUUACCAUCACAAACUGGGCAGUACCGGUGAGGCCUGGGCACUGGUACACAGCUUACGCCACACGGUACGAGAAGGAAGGGCGUUUAACAGUGACAGAUCACAGUAGAAACUUUAGCCGGACUUACGAGAGUCCUUCGAACAUAAUUUCUUCAGUUUUCGACACUGACUUCAAUUUUAAUGAUCAUGUUCACAUUGGAGGUCUUCCGGAUGGAGUCAUGGCAAACAAGAGUGAUCGGUACUUUGAUGGCUGUAUCGAUAACGUUGUGCUCAAUCAGGAGGCCCUGAAUCUGUGGGAGCCAGUUGAGGUGCAAGGAAAUCGCUCUUUCUGCUCCAGAAGGCCUGCAGUCCAGAUGGACACUAUUCCAGGAAGCAGCUUCUUCGGUAUACCUGAUGGACAUGUCAAACAGAAGAUGGGAGAGUUCAACGUCACUGGGGAGUCACAACUGAAAUUUGAGUUCAGAUCAUUCCUAAAAACAGCGUUUGUAGCAGGCGUCUUAAAUGGACAGAAUUAUGUAUACGGGGUGUACUUGAACGACAGCAGAGUGGUGUUUUUCUUUAAAACAGACAACCACACGUACACAGUACAUACUAAUGGAAACUCUUACAGCGAUGGCCGCUGGUACAAGGUGCACGUGGUGCGUGGUCUCAGGAACACCACUCUGGCCGUGAGACUUGUUGGUCCGUCUGACAUUGGAGCAGUUGAUCACGUGACAAUAAUGACACAGACACCUGUGUAUCUUGCUGAUGGACAGGCUCUGUUAUUUGGUGGUAAAGAUCCUAACAGCGCAAUCAAUGCUCCUGUGGGCUCUCCAUUUGCUGGGGCUCUACGGUAUGUCAACAUCAGUAGCCCUCUAUCUGGGUCACUGAUGACCCGACCACUCAACAGCGCCAAUAUGACUCUGUCAUCGGAGGGAGUGAGCUUCACAGGGCUCCUACCUGCGGUGGAAGAAGGCAUUCGUUUCCUUGGUAACAAUUACGCUGCUGUAGAAACCGGUGAAGCACAAAUGACGUCGCUAGAGAUCUCCUUCAAAACACUCUCCCCCAGUGGUGUGCUAGUUUAUACUGCGAGUGGAGAGGGUCCGUGGUUCUAUCUGGCUCUUUUCCAUGGCAAUAUCUAUUUAGUCCACGCUACAGAUUUGGAAAAAUUAGUUGCAACUGUAAGCAAGGGAGAGACACUUAAUGAUGGCGCUUAUCAUACUGUCAAAAUUGAACUGGGAGUACCUGGGAGUAACGUACUUCUUGAUGGCAACUCUCUCUCAGAGGACUUUCCCAGAGGCUCGGUUAGUCUUAACGGGAGUUUGUGGAUCGGGGGAGUGGAUGACAGGACAACUAUACCCAGGGAGUUCCCUGUUGUAAACGCGUUUAAAGGGGACGUGAGGGUCUUGAAAGUGAACGGAAAAGAUGUAAACAUCUUCUCAGGAAGAAGCCUUGGAGUGUCGCUUGCUGGAGUAUCACCUGCACUGAACGUUAUACCAACAGCACUUCCCACUACCCCACCCCCCACCAAGCCACCACCCACUUGUGGCAGCUCUUACCCUCCCCUGCGGAAUUCCUCUCGUGAAGAUGAGGUUCGCUUGGAUGGCUCGGAUCAUAUUGCCUUUCAUGCAAGUGCAGAAGUGUUAAACUUUACAAAAACCCGGUUUGUGAUCAGUGUGAAAUUCCGUUCCCUUGUUCCAAAUGGAGUGCUACUUUACGCUGCCAAUAACCUUCAGACGCCCACUCACUUUAUCAGUUUGGAGCUGGUGAAUGGCCGCCUGGUGUUCAAAUAUAACGCAGGCUUCAAAACAGUCAAAGUUCUAAGCACAUUUACCAACUACUCUGAUGGUGGUUAUUUCUACACGGUUCGUCUCCUGAGGAUUAAUCAGUUUGGCGCUAUGCUGGUUGUUUCAAACAAAGAUUACGGUAAUCAACGUCAAGGAGACGAAAAAGUUCCUCUGGAAAUCAACACUCCUUUCUACUAUGGAGGGGUUCCACGGGAUAUUAACCUAACCCAUUUAGAGUGUCAUGGUGUUGGUUUCCUUGGAUGCAUGGGACCUCUUGAAAUUCAAGACGGAAACUUCAAAUCCAGAACUUUCAAUCCUCGGACUGAUAGAGACGAAAGGGAUUCCGACUACAACUUUAAACCCUGCUACAACGAAAUACAAGCACAAGUUGGUUUCUCCGGCGAUGGUCAUAUUGUGUAUGACUCAAACUACUCAUUACCUGUGGAGACAAACAUUGCUAUUAUCUUCCGAACCACCACUCGCUCCGGGCUCCUUAUGUCCAUUACCAACAGCUCGGGUCCUGGAUCCAUUACUUUGGAGCAACUUGAGGGACAGGUUGUUCUCAUUUUCAACAAUGCACACAACUCGUCCGUGAUCCGAUGGACAGAUCCAUCGAUCCCAGAGGAGGGACAGUAUAACGCUUCCUUUCACCUGUGUGAUAACAACUUUCACCGAGUUGUAGUUUCGCGGAAUAAGGGUAUUGUAGAGCUCAGAGUAGAUGAUCACGAACCCGUAGAAGGCGUGUUACCCUCAGCCUUCACACUCAACCAGGGAACAUUUCACAUCGGCGGUGUACCAGAUGGGUCUGGUUUCCAGACACACAGUGGUUUGUCCCAUAAAGGACUCGCUGGCUGUGUACAAGGUCUGAAGAUUGACGAACAAGCGGUUGGCCUGGUAAGACUAGAUCCCAGCCAACUGCAUAAUGUACAGAUCGGCUGCAAUGCUCCAAGACUAGUUUGAAUCAAGAACUCCUGCAGGAAGCUCUAAUCUGCAUUUCUAUAUUAGUCUAUGAGUGGAAAGAAAUUGUGCUUCGCCUUAUGAAGCUUUAUGUCUUUUUUUUUUUUUUUUAAUAUUAAUAUAUGAGUAGGUUUCCUGACAGAGUUCCUUUCUUUUGUACAUUGGUCUGGUUUCAUAUCUUUUUAAGACUUCCCUGAACGCAUUUUUUUUACUUUUUUUCGAUAAUUCAGAAAAAGCCCUCGUUAUAUAUUCUGUGUUGCUUGUCAAAGCAUUUUAGUGAGGCGAGAUUUGACUGUAACCUCAUAGUGUCUCGCACUGGUCAACACAUAACUCUUUGCUUUAAACUGGCUGUGAACGUUGUCAACAUAUUAUUCUAUAGUUAUUAUCUAUAGAUUGUAACAGUUUUCACUAAUUGCAUAACAAUCUGUCGGAAUUUUCCAUACUUAUAACCAGUGUGAAUAUUACUAUAUGAGAAAUAAACAAUGAACUUUUUUUAUAUAAAGAAAGGCUCAAUCUACUUUUUCUCAUUCACAUGUCCUGUUACUUAGUGAAUAGGAUAAAAGAUCCACGUUAAUUAUUUUGCCAGUGUUGUCGUUCAACAAACGUGACAAUUUGCACUUGCUGAUGAAAAUUAUAAUGCAUGAUUUCUUUCCG